AUGUUGAAGCCGGACCAGUCAAUUGGUCCUCAUUUCAACAAGCAAAGCAAUGUCACUAAAGAGAACUAUCUCAUUCGACUGACUACAUCUAUCGAAGCUGUUCGAUACUUGCUACAUCAAGGGUUAGCUUUCCGUGGUCACGAUGAAUCACAAGAGUCUACAAAUAAGGGAAAUUUUCGAGAGUUGAUACAACUUCUGGCAGAAGAAAAUGACAAGGUCAAGAAGGCUGUUCAAAGUGCUCCUAGUAACUGUAAGAUGGUGGCUCCAGAAAUUCAAAAGGAUAUUGCUAAUUGUUUUGCUGAGAUCAUAGUGAAAUCUAUAAUUGAAGAAAUUGGUGGUGAUGUGUUCUGUCUACUAGUAGAUGAAUCAGCUGAUGUUUCAUGCAAGGAACAAAUGGCAGUGGUUGUGCGGUAUGUUGACAAGCUUGGGGUCAUAAAGGAGAGACUGAUUGGAAUUGUUCAUGUGAAAGAGACGUCAGCUUCAUGUCUAAAAUCAAACAUUGAUAAUCUGUUUGCUAAGUAUGGAUUGAGCUUAAAACAAGUGAGAGGACAAGGUUAUGAUGGAGCUAGCAACAUGAGAGGUGAGUUCAAUGGUUUAAGAGCUUUAAUCUUGAGAGAGAAUAGCCCAGCGUACUACAUCCAUUGCUUUGCUCAUCAGCUACAAUUAAUCCUUGUUGCAGUAGCUAAAAAGAAUGAUGAUGCCAAUGAUUUCUUUGACAUGACAUCCCUAUUAAUUUCUGUGGUGGGAGCUUCUUGCAAACGAAAGGAUAUGAUUCGAGAAAAGCAGCAGGAGAGAAUUAGAAAAGCUGUAGGUAAUGGACAAAUGAGUAGUGGAACUGGAUUAAAUCAAGAACAGUCCCUUCAAAGAGCCGGAGAUACACGAUGGGGUUCUCAUUAUAAAACCCUUAAGAGUCUAUGCAAUUUGUUCCCUGAAGUUAUUGAUGUGCUGCAAUAUGUUGAAAAAGAAGGUCCAAAUGAUGCGAAGAGACGUCAAGCUCGUGGUCUCAUAGACUAUCUCAAGGAUUUUGACUUUGUCUUCCACUUGCAUUUGAUGUUGCUUAUUUUAGGACAUGCAAAUGCUUUAUCAUUGUCAUUGCAAAGGAAAGAUAAAGAUAUCUUAGAGGCUAUGGUAGAAGUGAAAUUAACCAAGCAGAAAUUUCAACAAAUUAGAGAUGAUGGUUGGGAAUCUUUAUUGGAGACAGUAUACUCUUUUUGUGAAGAACAUGGAAUACCUAAGUUGGAUAUGGACGAGGACUAUAUAGAUCGACAUAAGCCAAGGAAAAACACUAACCGCACAAAUUAUCAACACUAUAGAUAUGAUUGUCUGAACCCAGUUAUUGACUUGCAACUUGCAGAGUUCAAUGAUCAUUUUGAUGAGGUGAACUCUAAACUUCUUACCCAGUUCGCUUCUUUUAAUCCCAAGAAUUCUUUUGAAGCUUACAAAUUUGAGAGUUUGAUGGAGUUGGCUCAAGUCAUACCCAGAAGAUUUUGA